UGAUUCCAAAAAUUUCAAAUCCCAUCGAAGGGGGAAACGAAAAAGUCUCACUUAGAAUUGUCACAAUUCAAUAGUGAACAGUGAGGAGAAGAAGAAGACUGGAGAAAAAAUGUCGAAGAAACUUAGCUCGAACUCCAUGGAUGAUGUUGAUCGAUUGUUUCAGUGUUUCAAGUGUGGGAUUUCUCCGCCUGCUUCUGCUAUGAGAGAAAAGAAACGGAGCAAGAAAAUGUUGAAUUCAGAGUAUGACUCUCCUGUGACCUGUAAGAAGUUGCAGCUAAGUUCUUUGUCUAGAUUAUCUGGAAAAAGAGGAGAAAGAAAUCAGAUUGAUGGAAGUGUCUCUGUAGAUUCUGUUUCUGGUUCCAGGGAUGUGAAAAAGAGCGUUGGGAGGCAGUUUUCACCCAUUGUAUUUUACGGAUCUCCAAAUGGCGUUCCUCCGAAAAAACCGUUGAGUUUAUUAAGGCUCUUGCGUGAGAUUCGUAUUGAUCUUAGUGAAGAAAGGAAAGCAAUCUCCAGGAAAGGAGUUUGGGCUACAUUUCCUCGGCAAGAGGAAGCGAUUAAGUUUGAAAAAAGGCAUGACAAUGUGCGGAUUUUUAGUUAUCAAGAUCAUUUUAGUGGUCAGAGAAGGUUUCUGGUUUCAUCAUAUGAAGAAUUCUGGAAGAGAUACCUAUCUAUGGAUCCAAGGCACCGACACCAUUAUGAAGUGAUUCAAGAGGGAUUGCCAUGCCAUAUGUACUUUGAUUUGGAGUUCAAUCAGAAAGAAAAUGAAGGAAAAAAUGUAGAUGAAAUGGUUGAUAUCUUGAUAUCAGUCAUUCUGGAAGCCUUGCGUGAGAAAUAUGCUAUCGAAGGACAAGAGGACUGGAUAGUAGAGCUUGAUUCCUCAACUAAAGAUAAGUUCUCUCGUCAUGUAAUUGUAAUCAUUCCAAAGGUUGCCUUUAAGGAUAACUCACACGUUGGUGCUUUUGUUGGAGAGCUAUGCUCACGGAUAGUAAAUGCAAAGGAAACAGAUGAAAGGUUGCGCAAGCUGUUUGUUCACAAAGAGGCUAAUGAUUCGGCAUCGCUACUUUUCGUGGAUACUGCUGUUUACUCUAGAAACCGUUGCUUCCGUCUUGCACUAUCAUCAAAAGCUGGAAAGACAUCAGUUCUUUUACCUACAGGACGAUUCAAAUGUAAGGAUAUGGGUGAACGAGAUGUUUUCAUGACAUCCUUAAUCUGCAACGUAGAAUCAGAUUGUGAGAAGCUUCUGGUUUGCAAGAUGGAAUCAGACUGUAUGAAGACACUGUGCUUUGACACAGAGGUGAACAGUAACAAUCUUGUAAGAGACCAGAAUGCUCAGAAAUUUCAACUGAAUGCUAGCACAAGUGACAUGUCAACAUCAUAUUUCGGGGGCAAGUCCCCGUUCCCGCAACUGGACCAAUUCAUAGAAUCCACUGCUUCCACGGGGAAUGUCCCAGGUAAGAUACGCUGCUGGUACUGGUUCUCAGAAGAUGGCCUGAUUGUGUACAGUAUGUUAAGAAACAGAUAUUGCGAACGGAUUGGCAGGGAACAUAAAAGCAAUCAUGUGAUGUACAUCGUUGAUCUCAGAAGGGGAAUCUAUUAUCAGAAAUGCUACGAUCCAGACUGCCGAGAUUAUCGGUCUCCAAUACGUCCAGUUCCAGAUAGUUACCUUCCUGAAGAUAUGGUCUACUAUCAAGGAGCUACACAGAAUCUCUGUGACAAUCUUUACUCUGAAGGAGAAUGUCACGUUGAUAAAGAAUGCGAUCCAGAUAGUGCUGCUAGCAGAGGCUCAUGGUGGCUUGAAGCAGUUAAAGUCGCAGAUGAUCUUGAAAGCAAACCCAAGACACUUGAACCUCUUACCUGGGAAAAUUACGAGGAAGAUGAUGACUGGUGGGUAGCAGCUGCAGAAGAGUCACUAAAACAAAUCGCAUCUCUAAGUCCUUCCCCAAAAUGCCCUUGA